UUUUCCCGUUGGACGCCUCGCACCCAUUGUGUGAACCAUACGGUAAAUACAAACGGCUAGAGACGCUAAACAUAAAUUUCUCUCUUCACGACUGUACAAAAUACAGGUGACCUCAAGGUGUCAUGGCUCGUACCAAGCAGACUGCCCGUAAGUCUACUGGAGGCAAGGCUCCGCGUAAGCAGCUGGCCACCAAAGCUGCCCGCAAGAGUGCCCCCUCUACUGGUGGGGUCAAGAAGCCCCAUCGUUACAGGCCGGGUACCGUUGCUCUGCGUGAAAUCCGUCGGUACCAGAAGUCUACAGAGCUGCUAAUUCGCAAACUGCCUUUCCAGCGGCUUGUGAGAGAGAUUGCCCAGGACUUCAAGACCGAUCUGCGCUUCCAGAGUGCUGCCAUUGGUGCUCUGCAGGAGGCCAGCGAGGCUUACCUGGUGGGCUUGUUUGAGGACACCAACCUGUGCGCCAUCCACGCCAAGCGUGUCACCAUCAUGCCCAAAGACAUCCAGCUGGCCCGUCGCAUCCGUGGGGAGCGUGCUUAGAGACCCCCGUGUUUCUCCUCUCUCUUUUCCACCAUGUCAGUCCGUCUUCCCUUCCCCCUCUCUAAACCUCACACCCCCUCUUCUGUUUGUAGUGCUUAGACUAACAAUGAUUAUGAUGACUAUAAAGUGUGUAGUUGUGUCUUUCUUAGUGCUGUCUGCAGCAGACCUUUAGGGUACCUUUUUGUGCAUGUACCAGCUUUGUGCUGAUCAGACACACACACUUUCACAAGAAUGUUAUAGUAGGUGCCCUGCUUAGACAGCUUGUCCCUGGUCAGGGGGAGUUUGAGUUCUUACAAGUUCUUAAAAGUAAUGUGGUACUCAGUAGUGCCUGGGUUGCAGAUGGAGUUUUGGCUGGGUGGGUGAAGACACAGACAGGAAGAUAGAACAGGAGGGUAGAGUCAGGCUUUAUCUGCUGAGGUGGUGAGAGCAGGGUCCUAGAAUCAACUUGACCAAUCCUUUCUGCCCCUCACUACCCCUACUACCAUGAGUGUAACAGAGGAUCCAGGUAUAGGGGAGUACACUUGUCAUAUAGUGCCUGAGGGUUAGUGUCAAUUUCUGUCUGUGUGUGUGUGCAUAGAUCAGCACAACAAAUUGUAUUUAUCUAAAAGCAUCUCUUGGUAGAGCAGUUUAUUACAAUAUUGAUGAUUACUAUUGUUACGGUGUUUUUUUUAAAGCAUAGAUGUCUUUCAUAGAUGCAGAAAGAAUUUUAAGAUACAUUUUUACAUGUUACAGUGCAGAACAAUAUUUUUAUUAAAAGCAAGCCAAUAAAUCUUUCCCUUCAAUUUACUGCUCCUCCAUUAGUACUUCAUCUUUCAUCAUAGAUCUUUCUUUGACAUGGCAAUAUUUUUGUUAAAUUUUAUUGGCAUAAAAUGUUGCCAAAUCAUUUAAAAUUCAUAGAAAAGGCCAUAUGUAGCAAAAGUUUCCACAUGCAUUAGCUUCAUUACUUCUCGUUGCCUCUAAAUUUGUAUUUUUUUCCUUUUAUACCCUUUUCUCUCUAUAUCACCUGUUCUCUUCAAUUUUUGUUAGCUUUCCUUUAUUUCUCAGGUUGGUGUGACACUUAAAAUUUUGUCAUUCUUUAUUUUGAUUUUUAAAUGUUAAAGAUGUUUAAAUAAACUGAUCUUUGUAAUUUCCAUAUUUCUCAUACAAGACUGUAAUAAAUGGAUGUUACGCA